UAUACAGAACCGUUUUUUUUCCCUUCUUAUUCGUCGUUCUGUUCAAUUCCUCGCCGAGUUUUUCGUCCAGAUGCUACGAACCGUUGCCGUUGAUCCACGCGCCGGCGACCUUCCGUUUUGAUUCACCGGCACCGUUUUGGCUGUUACUUUGGUUCUUCAGAGAGAAGGGAGCCAUUUAUAGAAAUUAUUUUAUGGUGCGCCGAUGAGCAGAACUGAUGUUAUUGGCAGUAGAAGGAGGGGGAUUCUUCUCUGCUUCGGCUUCAGGGUAUACUAAGGGCCUGAGCCUUCUCCUCUUGGGUCAGAGGAAUGAGGAUAAACCCAUGAGAGUAGCGCCCUGGAACCAGUACCAGUUGGUAGACCAAGAAUCUGACCCCGAGCUCCAGCUGGCUUCCACAAAGAAUCGCCUCUCCCGCGGCUGUGCCUCCUUUGUUUGCUUUGGUCGCACUUCCGCAGGGCUUGAUACUCCAUCUCCCCUUAAAGUGGGCCCUGCCCAACAACAUGAUGUCUCACCUGGGACACUGGUUUCCAAUAAGGGAAAGGAUCCUUCAGCACAUGUAGAUGAUGAAAGUGAUAACAGAAAGGUUACACUUAAAAGUAGCAUAAAGAAGCCGCAAAUUAGUAAACCCAUUCCUGUUGAGGCUGCUAAUGAACAUGAAGCAUCAGGUGGACAGGGGAUUUGUACUCCUGGAGGUCAACCCGAAAGAAGGAAAGUGCAGUGGACAGAUAAUUGUGGUAGUGAGCUUGUUGAAAUUCGAGAAUUUGAGCCCAGGAGAUGAUUUGGUAGUGAUCUAAUUCACAAGGAACUCUGCAAAGGAACGUAUUUUGGUUGUUGGACUUGGAGCUAAUAAGCAGGUUUAGACGUUUAGUUAAUUCCAAUUAAGUGAUGAAUACAUUGAAUUCUCACUUGUGAUGUUGACAUGGAAAAGUUUGCUGAUGUGGACACGUGGAUGUUCCCUAUGCCACAUCAGAAAAUUUUGGCAGCUUCUACUUAUGUUAGGACCCAAUAAAAAGUAGAAUAGAAUUAUAGUAACUCAGUUUAAAGAGGUAAGGAUCAAGACUUAUUUAAAAUUGCGUGCAACUGUAGGGGCCAUGUAAAGCAUGUUAUAGUGAUAUGAAACCUUGAGAUUAUGUCUCUAUUUCGUUCAAUAUUCCUGUUUAUAACUUUAUUAAAUAGUACAUCAUAAAUGAGACUAUGCUACAAUUAGUUUGUCAAUUACCUGUCUUGUACCCCGUAGGUAUGACACGCAUGGAGCUAGGGCGGGAAGUGCCCUACCCCCGUCUCUAUUAUUUCCCUAUUCCUAUUCCUAUCCUCAUCAUGAUUCCCACUUUGGGUUAAUUUUUUCCCAUCCCUGAUUCCUUGAAGGUCCUUGUGGGACCUUGAAAUUGUAAAUAAUAAUAAUAAUAACAACAAUAAAGGUAUUCAGGUCUCCUUU